GGCUUUUCCCGAACGUUAAGAGAAUAUACGGUUGUCCCGGAACAAACUGCAACUCUGAAUUCCAGCCUUAGCCAUGCCACCAAAUGGGAUGGCCUUCAUUCAGCGGGCAUUAUUGACAUGACCUUCAUUCAAGAUACCGUUCUUGCCUUGGAGGAGUCCGUAGAAAAGACAGAUUUGUUAACGGAAUCAUACUGUGCAGUGUGAGGUGCCGUAUUGGAAGCUUGAAGGGAAGAACAGAGGGGUAUUGAGGAAGAGCCCGCAAGAGUCACGGACAGCUUUGUCAAGGAGGAGUCAGGUCCUGUCAUUCACCAGGUGCUAUCCGUGGCACCUUCUAAAGCAUCUUCUAAUUUUCGUAUAACCAACAGGUACAGCAGGCAGAACAUCCAGAUAUGAAAGACUACUGAGAAGAAAGGCAUUACCUCCUAGGACAGAGAAAAUGACUGCUGACCUGGACUGGCCCAGUGUUUAUCCUGUUGCAGCACCAUUUAAACCUUCUGCUGUUCCUCUUCCUGUCCGAAUGGGUUAUCCAGUUAAAAGGGGGGUGCCCAUGGCAAAGGAGGGAAAUCUAGAACUUUUAAAGGUACCCAAUUUUCUGCAUUUGACACCUGUAGCAAUUAAAAAACACUGUGAAGCUCUUAAAGAUUUCUGCACUGAAUGGCCAGCUGCACUGGACAGUGAUGAGAAAUGUGAGAAGCAUUUUCCCAUUGAAAUUGACACAGCUGAUUAUGUUUCAGCAGGACCAUCGAUUAGAAACCCCAAAGCACGAGUAGUAACUUUAAGGGUAAAACUUUCCAGUCUCAAUUUAGAUGAUCAUGCAAAGAAGAAACUUAUUAAACUUGUGGGAGAGCGAUACUGCAAGACCACAGAUGUGCUUUCCAUCAGGACAGACAGGUGCCCUUUAAAGAGACAGAAUUACGAUUAUGCAAUGUAUCUGCUAACAGUUUUAUAUCAUGAAUCUUGGAAAACUGAAGAAUGGGAGACAGGGAAGACUGAGGCAGACAUGGAAGAGUAUAUAUGGAAAAAUAGCCCCUCUGAAAAAAAUAUCCUGGAAACACUUCUCCAAAUUAAAGCUGCUGAGAAGAACCUGGAAGUAAACAAAGAAGAGCUCCUUGGUACAAAAGAAGUUGAAGAUUACAAAAAGUCUGUUGUUAGUCUUAAGAAUGAGGGUGACAAUGAAAAUACCCUUUCUCAGUACAAAGAAUCAGUGAAGAAGCUAUUAAGAUUGAUGUGAUUUGUGUAGAAAAACCUGCUUGAUUUGUAAAUUUUAUGAUAUAUCUGUAAUCAUUAUCUAACUUGACAUAAAUUUCAAAAUGUUAAAA